AUGAGAAGCGACGAUAACACGUGGUUUGUGAGAAGUUUGCAUUGGUUUUUUGAUAAAUGCGCAGUUUUUGUUUGGUGAGUUUAAUAUUUUUCAAAUCUCUGACUAUCCCAAAUUGCCAAAUAAUUCCAGUUUUUGCCCUUGGACAUGUAUGAUUCUUACGACAAUCCUUACAAUUGCGUUGAGUUUAUUUAUUCCGUUCACACCUAUGAAAAAUGAUAUAAGUGAUUUCACACCGUUCGGAGCGAGGUCGCGCAUUGAACAGGAAACUUAUCGAAACUUUUUCGAGAGUCACGGUAUGCCCAAGGUCAUUUACGCAUUUGUCACCUCGAAAAAUAGUGAUAACAUGCUUGGAUUGCCACAAUUAAAUGAUACGGUGAAAGUAUUGGAUAAAAUAUCGAGCGAUUUCUAUUUGAACACAAAACAUGGAAGCAAAAAUUUUGAAGAGUACUGUAGUGGAUUUUGUCUUCUUAAUGAACCUGUUCGACAUUUUCGAGUGAGUUUGAUUAAACGGGAAAAUUUCGAUAAUGAACUACAGUACUACAAGAUUACGGUAGAAUUACAGAAAAAACUAUUUUCCUUAAAUGGAAAAAGCCAAUUUUAAAAUACAGUGACCAUAUACUUUUUCAGAGCGGUAUGAUAAUAUCUGGAACUCACGGGAACGAUUUCAAUCAUCUUGAUUUGGGAUAUCCUAUCACAACAGUUUUAGGAACAAAACUUUACAUGGACCCAAAUUUCUUUGGUGUCAAAGUUGAAACAGGUAGAGGUAUCCUGGCAGUUUCCGAAAAAUCAGAUACCAAACAAGUGGCGAAUAAUAUUCGAGAAGUUUCGUUGGUUGUUUUACAGUUUAGAGCAGAGUUAGGAGAUGAAGUUAAGGAUGUUGAUUUGAGAAAUUAUGAACGGAGUAUUGUAGAUUAUUUUGAGAAGUGAGUUUUACAUAAACUAUUAAUAAAAACAGAAGAAAAUUUCAAGGGACUUUACAUCUGAUCAUGUGAAUGUUUGUAUUCUUACUGAUUCCUAUAUCACCGAAGAGAUUGUUCGAGCUGGCCUAACUCUUCUACCAUUUUUAGUCAUCGGAUUUUCAAUUAUGGCAAUAUUCUCAUCUGUAACAUUCUCACUCAGCGCAAAAUAUUUGGGACAAAUGCACAUCCAUAAAAUCACGCUCGCAAUUAUGGCAUGUGUCUGCCCAUUUAUGGCAUGUGGCGCAACUCUUGGUGCAAUGUUCCUAGCCGGUUUCCGAUUUGGCUCAAUUUUAUGUGUCACCCCGUUUCUUGUUUUGGCAAUAGGUGUUGAUGAUGCUUAUCUGAUGGUUAAUGCUUGGCAAAGAAUAACGAGUGAAAGGAGAAAAGUCAAAAGUUUGUUGAGUGUUCAAGAUGAACUGGUUCAUCGAAUGAAAGAGAUGUUUAUCGAGAUUGGACCUUCGGUAGGAUUUGACAUACGAGAAAAAAACUUUUUAUGCUUGUACAAAUUUGUAAACAAAGAAUUUUUUAGAUUACAAUCACUACAAUCACCAAUGUUCUAGCAUUCGGAAUUGGUGCAACCACUCCAGCUGCUGAAAUUCAGCUAUUUAGUAUUGGAAAUGCUCUAGCUGUGCUGACAGAUUUUAUUUUCACAAUCACAAUGUACGGAGCACUGAUGGCCGCUAUUGGAAAGUAUGAAAUCAAUUCGGAAAGAACUUGCAGAUGUUUGGAAGAAAAUCAUGUUGAGACAACAGAAAACAAAGAAGAAAAACCUAGGUAAAUUUUAAAAAGCGUGGUUUAAAAAAAAACAAUUUUUUAGCAUCCUUGUCACUAAGGUUUGCUCGUUGCUUACUAACAAAUGGAUUUCAUCAUUAGUUCUUGGAAUUCUCGCUGUUUAUUGGUAUAUUUGUAUCGUUGGAGCUCUAAACAUCAAAUCGGAAUUAAGUCCGGAUAAACUUUUCCUGAAAGAUUCCAAUAUUGUGAAGAUUUUUGAAGAAAGAAAAAAUCACAUCACUCCGUUUUAUUCAGCAUGUUGGAUUCUUGUUGAAAAUCCAGGUGAUUUGAGUGAUCCACUUCAAAGAGCAAAAUUAGAAUCUAUGAUGAGAGCAUUUGAAAGUUUGCCAAGUUCGAAUGGCAGAUAUUCAACAAAGUUUUGGUUGAGAGAUUAUGAAGAUUUUUUGAAACAAAGUGAAGAUAUUGAUCUACCAGAAGAUGAAGAGGAAGAUGAAUCAGCAAUUGAAUUUAGUAUAAAUGGAAGUCAAGCUGUUACACCUGGACAAAUUAUUGGUGAAGGAAAUGAGUUACAACAAUUCCUUGAAUGGCCUGAAUUUUCAUUUUGGAAGGGAUUCAUUCAAUUCAAUGAAACUAAAAAUAAUUUUAUUUUAACGAAGUUUUUGGCAACAACAGCUUUUCACGGAACAGAACUUAUUGAAUGGUCGAAAAGAGCGAAACUAUUGAAUGAAUGGCGAAGAGUUGCUGAUCAGUUUUCUAGUUUAAAUGUGAGUAUUUAUGAAGAGGAUGCCAAAUUCUUGGAUUUGAUUGAAACUAUGGCCCCAGUUGCAAGUCAAUCGGCUCUUUGGACAUUUAUUUCAAUGUUCGUUGUUGCUGCACUUUUCAUUUCCCACCCUCCAACAUUAUUUGUCGCAACAUUUUCGAUUCUUUCAACAUCUCUCGGAGUUUUUGGGAUAAUGUCUUGGUGGGGAGCAGAUUUAGAACCAAUUAUGAUGUCAGCUACAGUAAUGUCAAUUGGUUUCAGUGUAGAUAUUCCAUCGCAUGUUAGCUAUCAUUUCUUCCAAACUGGUUAGUUUUACAGGGAAUAUAAUUGAAAUAUUUCAAAAAAAAAACUGAGAUUUCCAGCAAAAGUGACGAAUGAUCUUCGAGAGCGUUUAGAAUUGACAAUUAGAAGUGUAGGAUUCCCAAUUUUCGAAGCAUCAUUAUCAACAUCACUUUGUGUGAUCUCAUUAUUCUUUGUUGAUCUCAAUAUGGCACAGGUGAGAAAUAAUGUUUUCCAGUUUUUUCCAACCAAAAAAUUUCAGAUUUUCGCCAAAUGUAUGCUUCUUGUUGUUGUUAUUGGUAUGAUUCAUGGUAUGCUUGUAAUGCCGGUCAUAUUUUCAUUGUUAGACACGAUGCCGAAAAAAUUCGGAAUCGGCGGAAAAAUUAGAAAAUAA